AUGAUGAUCUACCACGACACUGGCGGUCUCGUGGCGCUUAUAUUCACAUUAAUCGAUGUGGGACCUGUAGCGGGAAUCAUUCUCUCUGGUGCUCCGAAUUCCUAUGCUAGGUAUCCGAAAUGGGCUCAUUCAUUCGAAAAUUCGUUAUCAUUCGAAUUUAAAACGAAACAAUCGCAUGGGCUUCUGUUGUACACCGAUGACGGUGGAGUGAAUGGGAAUUUUUAUUCGAUCAGCAUAUCCGAUGGACGCGUUCAGCUUGAUUUUCGGUUGGGUGAUAACGCGAACGAUUUUGGCUCUCGACGUGUUGUUAACACCAUACGUAUUGAGGAGAUUCGAGUGGAUGACGAUCGUUGGCAUUCGUUGGCACUUUUCCAGUCAUGGGAAAAUGUAAAAAUGGAAUUGGAUGCAUCGUUGGUGUUUAAAAUCCUGAAUCAACGAAGUUUCAUUUUCGGGAACAUUCUCAAAAACUCUGACGUUUUCGUUGGCGGAGUGCCUCAGGACACCCAUCUUCUGCCAGUGAUGAGCUCACCGCUUCGACGGUACGCUAGACACCUGGCGGGAAAUAUACGAAAUCUCAUCUAUCGACUAUAUCCACAGGGUGUCACAUCACCACAACUGCUAGAUAUCCAUGGAGCACGACAAAAUGAGGAUGACUAUUGUCGUCAGACAGGGUUCACGUCUCGGGAACAGUUCGUCUGCUAUAACGGUGGCCGAUGUUACAGUACCAACGAGGGACCGAAAUGUGACUGUUCGUUGAGUGAUUACGAGGGGAAACAUUGUGAUGUCGAAAAAAUGGACUCGGAAUUGACGUUCUCCGGUCAAGAAUGGGUCGGAUACGAUGUAUCGGAUAGCUCUGCUGGGCCAUUAAAAACAAAAACGGAAAAUUUCUCCUUGUCAUUCAAAACCGUGCACGGUUCUGCAAUGAUUUUCUACGGUGGCGAUGAGAAGAGUUACAUACAACUGCACCUCGACGAGGGUGCACUCAUUGCGAGUUCGAAAUUUGCCGGCUCUGCCCCACGACUCGUACGAAUCUUUAACGAAUUGCCACGAGCAAGAUUUGAUGACGACUCGUGGCAUACGGUAUCCAUGCAACGAACGCUUCAAAUGUUGACUUUGACUGUGGACGGCAGGAAGGAUGAGAUUCGACAGUACGCUCCGGAACUCGACUGGAUCGGGCACUCGUUCGCUUACCUCGGUUCGGUCCCACUGGAGCGGCAUGUGGCUGGGGUGACAAAGAGUGCGUUCCGUGGUUGCAUGAAACAGGUGAAGUACGAUGCGGAUGCGCAGAGAAUUCUCUUCGUGACUCUUGCCGACCAGGGUUUUGGUGGUAGUAUUAUAAAGACAGGAGGUGAACUAUCAUUUUCCUGUAAAAGUCCAACUCAACCCCCGGACGUGCUCUCCUUCCAAACCGGUACAUCGUAUCUUGCGUUACCGAAAUGGGGGGCGCUGGCCAGUGGAAGUCUCUCUUUUCACUUUCGUACAACGGAAAAAGAUGGACUCAUUCUCUUUCAUGGGAAUAUGGGCAGAGAAAAAACGGACUACAUCGCUUUUGAGCUGAUCGACGGACAUCUACAUAUGAUAAUUAACCUUGGAAGUGGAGCUGUGAGGUUACAGACAACUGCACGUCGUGUGGCGGACGGUAACGGUUGGCAUUCGUUACAUCUUGAACGCAUCGGUAGAACCGGAAGUGUGAUCGUAGACAGUAUGAAAACAGAUUUCAAUACUCCUGGAGUGUCGUCGAAUCUUAUCGUAGACGAUCCUAUCUAUCUUGGCUGGGUGCCAAACGCAUCGAUGUCCUUUCCCUCAACGAUCUGGUCGAUUUCCCUACGGAAAGGUUUUGUUGGUUGUAUCAAAAAUUUGCGAGUCAAUGGGAUUAGCGCUCGAAUCGCUAGCGUUUUUGAACGUUCUAAUGCUACGGGUAUCUCAAUAGGAUGCCCUCCUGCGCCUGCGGAAAAUCCAUGCGCGAAGAAUCCUUGUCAUAAUUUUGGACGUUGUGAAGUGUUCCAAAAUACGUUCACCUGCGACUGCGCGGAAACCAACAAAGAGGGACCAACAUGUAAUUUAGAGCCAACUAUCGUUGAAAUGAACGGGGAGCACUUCCUCUACAUCCUACCGUACACCUUGGAGUCAGAAGCAGAGAUGAUCGAGAUCAGAUUCAAGACUGACUAUUCUCGUGGAAUUUUGCUAAGCACCAAAUCUAACUCAUCCCCGGACAAUCAGCUGUUGGUUUUUCUGAACGGAAGUUCCCUGGGAGUGUUGCUGAGGCACAGUUCUGGUGAACACAUUUUCCGUUGGGGAAAGGGAAUCUCGGAUAACCGCUGGCAUUUUAUGCGAUUGAAGCGUCGAGGAGAAAAAGUUCUGCUUUAUUUGGAUGGGAAAUGGGAACAAAAUAACUAUCUGCCCUCCUCAAUCGCGUUGAAAAUUGACGAAAUCUCUGGAGGAGUCGGUUUUCGUGGUGCGAAUGACAGUUUGACUGAACCGUUUCGUGGUUCGGUUUCGCGGAUGAUGUUCAACGGAAUUGAUCUGCUGGAACGUCUUAAGAAGGAUGGAAAAAUGAGCAAAGAAGGUAAAGGGCAGCGGAAUAUCAAACCCAAGCAAUCAUCCGUUUCAUUCACGAACAAAACUGGUUAUGCAGUACUGUCACACAGAAUGGCCUCUUCACUUACGGGUUCAUUACGAGUGUCUUUCAAAUUUCAAACUCUCAUCAGAAAUGCCUUAUUGUUUGCCUCGUAUUCUGCCGAAAAGAACACCUCGUUCUUGAUCGAAAUAGUUAAAACUAGGAUAAGAGUAACUUUUAAAACGGGAGAUAGACAGCUGGUAAUGGAAUCACCAGUGCUUGCAAAUCAUCAACAUUUGAGCGAUAUGCGAUGGCAUACAUUACUAUUCUAUAAGGAGGAACGCAGCGCGUUACAUAUGCUGCUCGUGGAUAACACGACUGUUGUCGCUGACAGUGACCUGGUGCCGCAACUUUAUUCUGUCGUGACCAUCGGUGGUGCUCCACCGUCCGCGCCAUUAUUUCGUAGCGGAUUCCGUGGUUGUUUGGCGAGUUUUCGAAUUAAUGACAAAGCGAUUGACAUAUUCGAUGAUUCUGAUAUGAAGAAGGAGGUUGUCCGUGGAUGUCCAGGACCACUCGCUCGUUGUUCACCUGGCGCCUGUUCGAAUCGUGGUCGAUGUAUACAACAAUGGAAUUCGAUACGAUGCGAUUGUACGUUGACAGCACACGCUGGCGAUCGAUGCCAGGAUGCCGCGACAACCGCCUCCUUCUCCGCACCAUCCACAAUUUUCUUUGAAUAUCCUCCGGGAGAACGACCAUCCACUUCUCGUGACUACAUGCUGUUUGCCUUCCGUACUUCACGUGCAUCUGGUGUACUGUUAUCGAUUGAUUGCGCGGUAGAUCAGGACUAUUUCACUGUUUAUUUGGAAGAGGGUUUCCUGCAAGUCAAGUACAACCUUGGAAGCCGAGAGCAUCAUUUUGGUCAUUUCGCCCACAAAGUGAACGAUAACAAGAAACAUACGAUCAGGAUCUACCGUAAUGAGUCGAAUGUGACAAUGCAAAUCGAUGGUCGGCCACCGAUUCGAUAUCGACCUAAAGGAAAUGAUGAGCUGGUGACGUUAAAUAUGCAAUGGAGAGUGUCGUUGGGUGCUGCGUUGAAUUCUCGUCAUAUGGAAACCGGAUCCAAAAGCAGAACUCGACGUCGAAAAUCAAUCAAAAUCAUCGACCCGUUCGAUGGCGAAAUCUCUGGCGUCAAUUACAAUGGGCUCAUGAUUCUGGAUUUACACGCUCAGGGAUCACCUCGAGUUCACAGCGUCGGAGACGUGGUUAACACUCAUAUCGCAAAACCGGUCGAAGCGCAAGAAGAGGAUAUGAUGCAGGACUUUAUCGAGAACCCAUCAGAAGCGCUAAUCGAAUCGAUUGGUCCUGGUUGCCUGAGUCUUGAAGAGCAAGAAAACUGCUUUGUUGAGCCUGAGGAAACAGGCUUCUUCACUCCGAUACUACCGUCAGCGGCGACAGCUCCACGUCGAGCUGUACAUACAAAGGGUGAGUCGACCACAACGACACAACCGAUCACCAGUACCGUAACCACCACCACUACCACUGCACGCACAACAACCACUACCGUAACAUCCAUCACUACCAGCACUACCACUACUACUACUGAAAAAUUCACUACCAUGGCUACAACUACUCCAACCGAACCACCGCGUAUUAUUUAUCUUUCUGACUAUGACGCUGAUUACGAGGUGUCGACGGAAAUGACUCGCCAGACACCCGUCACGAAACCUCUAGAGCAAACUACCGUACACACUAAACCAGUUACGGUACUACCGAGACCGUAUGAGAGUGUACGUGAGGCGGCGAAACAGAAUCCCGACUAUCUAGGCGAUAGUAUUUGGGCGAGUGUUGAUCUGCUGCCGGAACCGAUGGUAACUGGACCGGCAUGGAGAACGCAUAAGAAUCGGAACAGCACCAGAUCGACGACCACAACUGCUCCUGCAACGUCGACAACGAAGACGGUCACGAAGACGAUGAAUGUGACGCCGAAGGUGCCGAUUCUGAAGACGACGAAGACGACGACAGCGGUGACAGCGAUCGCCACGACGACAUCAUCAUUCGCCGAAAAAUCGACUGCUGCUACCACGUUCAGCACUUUUCUGUCCGCAACCACAGCAAAACUGGCAAAACCGAGAACAACGCCGUCGUUUACUGUGUAUCCGGUUCGUCCAACUACACCAAUGGGCGAUUUGAUUACGACUACCAUAAAGGCAUCGGAAGCGGCGGAUUUCCCGCGAACAGCACUGAUCAGCAUCGCAUCCGUGUCAGUCAUUAUGGUGAUUGCGGUGGUCGUCUUCUGUGUAUUCCGCUGCCGGCAGAAUCCACCACCAGGCGAUCAUUAUCCAAUGGCUUGCAAUGGGAAAUCUCAGCAAGGCUACACCUCGAUCGCACCCGAACUUUCACCUCCACUCGGGGUUGACCACGCAACCCAACCGCUGCUCGGAAGACCCACUCCACAGAUGAAUGGAAACGGUUACCAAUCGAUGAAAGGAGCUAUUAUAACGAAUGGGAACGGAAUGAAUGGACAUGCAAAGAAUGGAAUCGGUGGUGGUGGUGGUGGUGGAGGAGGAGGGAAAAAAGAUUUUAAGGAAUGGUACGUGUAG